GUCAAGUUAUUGGCAGCACUGACAGUUUGACGCAACACUGCAUUGAAUGGCAGCACUUCUGCUUUCGGCCAACUGCUGUACGAAAUUGAACGAAGCAUUUCAAACGGUCGUUUCGAAUUGAGCCGAUUGGAGUAAAUAUCAGCGGAAUUAUUACGAUUAUAUUCUUGUGUUCUUUGUGUAUUUGAUAAGUGCUAUUUAUUGUAUUUUUGUGUGCAUAAAGACAUUACAAUGAAUACUUCGGCAGGCACAAGUAACUCAACGGGACAUCAGUCAUCACGUAAAACAAAUCAAAAUAUACAAGUUUAUGUGCGUGUAAGGCCCUUAAAUGCUCGAGAGCGCUGUAUACGUUCUGCGGAAGUAAUUGAAGCUGUUUCUCCACGCGAAAUAGUGACAAGACAUACGUUGGAAUCUAAGUUGACAAAGAAGUUUACAUUCGAUCGCGUUUUUGGUACAGAUUCACGCCAGGCUGAUGUAUACAGUACCGUCGUUGCGCCUCUCAUAGAAGAGGUACUUUCCGGCUAUAAUUGCACUGUAUUUGCUUAUGGGCAAACAGGUACGGGGAAAACACACACAAUGGUUGGUACGGAAUGCGCGGAGUUGAAGUCAUCUUGGGAAGACGAUUCGGAUAUUGGUAUUAUACCCCGAGCUUUAAGCCAUCUCUUCGAUGAAUUGCGUAUGCUGGAAAUGGAAUUCUCAAUGCGUAUAUCUUAUUUGGAACUGUAUAAUGAAGAGUUGUGCGAUUUACUUUCAUCAGAUGAUAGUGUCAAAAUACGCAUCUUUGACGAUAGCACAAAAAAAGGUUCGGUUAUUAUACAAGGCUUAGAGGAAAUACCGGUACAUAGUAAGGAUGAUGUAUAUAAAUUGCUGGAGAAGGGAAAAGAGCGCAGAAAAACCGCAACAACAUUAAUGAAUGCUCAAUCCUCACGUUCACAUACUGUGUUCUCCAUCCUAGUGCAUAUACGUGAAAAUGGCAUAGACGGUGAAGAAAUGUUGAAAAUUGGAAAAUUAAAUUUAGUAGAUUUGGCGGGUAGUGAAAACGUUACAAAAGCAGGCAAUGAAAAAGGUAUACGUGCAAGAGAAACAGUAAAUAUAAAUCAGAGUUUGUUGACACUAGGUCGUGUCAUCACCGCUUUGGUGGAACGUACACCACAUAUACCUUAUCGCGAAUCAAAACUAACACGCUUGCUGCAGGAGUCAUUGGGUGGUCGUACGAAAACAUCUAUAAUUGCUACAAUCUCUCCUGGGCACAAGGAUAUUGAGGAAACAUUAAGUACAUUAGAAUAUGCACAUCGUGCCAAGAAUAUACAAAACAAACCCGAAGUUAACCAAAAACUUACCAAGAAAACUGUGCUUAAAGAGUACACGGAGGAGAUCGAUAAAUUGAAGCGUGAUUUGAUGGCAGCAAGAGAUAAAAACGGUAUUUACUUAGCCGAAGAUACCUACAAUGAAAUGACAUUAAAAAUGGAUUCACAGCAUCGUGAACUAAACGAAAAAAUGUUAUUGCUCAAGGCGCUAAAGGAUGAGCUGCAAAAUAAAGAACGUAUCUUUAAUGAAGUCAGCUUAAAUUUGGUGGAAAAAACUGAAGAGCUCAAGCGUACUGAGCAGAAUUUGACGCAGACACAGGGCGCAUUGCAACAGACCAAGAGGAUACUUAAUUGCACAAAGCGACGCUAUAAGGAAAAGAAAGUAUUACUGCAAUCACAUAUGAAAACAGAGGAAGUGUUAACAAAUCAAGCUUUGGAAAUAUUGGAUGUUGCUGAUAUUGCUACAAAAGAUACACAUCAGUUACAUAGUACAAUUGAGCGCAGAAAGGAUGUGGAUGUAAAAAUUCAAACUGCUUGCGAACGUUUCGCUGAACGCAUGCGCGAUAACUUCAAUUCAAUGGAUAAUAGCUUAAGCAAUAUGCAAGAACAACAGCAAUCUUAUACCAAUUUGCUUUUAGAGGAAUUCACAAGCACUGCCACUGUGCACAAGAAGCUAAUAGGUGAUAGCGACAAGAAAAUUCAAAAUGUCAAUGAUAUAUGCAAAGAAUCGCUUUCAUCGACAUGCACCAUCAUUGAAAAAUGCACAGAAGCACUUACUGAUGCCAGUAGUGAACAAAAAAACGCUUUAACGAAUUUGUUUCGGGAGCUGGAAAAUAAACAAAUCGAAUUAAUUGCACAAAUGCAUGAGAAAGUAAAAGAUUUAGUUAAGUUUACAGAACAACAGAAAGCAACAACUGAGAAAAUGCAAAAAACCUUGGUGGAAAGCCUCCAAGAGAAGUCAAGAAAUCUACAAACGCAUACCAGCAACAUAACUGAACGCCUUGCAGCAAUCAAACAAAUUUCUAACAACAGUUUAGAACAAUUGGCGCAAAUGCAUGUCGAGGUAGCGAAUGAGCGUACUAUCGCUGCCGAAGAACGCACAAUUUUGGAAGAUAUUAUGGGAAAAUUGAGCACUCUAAAAGAUAAAUCGUAUGCAAACAGAAAAACACGUUUAGACACACUUAACAAUUUAACUAACAAAGUGGAGGAAAAUACACAAGCGACUGUUGAACGCUUACAACAAAAUGCGACUAUAUCGCAAGAGUUCUGUGAAGAAAGUUGCAAUAAUAACAUUUACAUGCAAAAGCAAUCUGAAGAACACACUGUUGUUGCUUUGGAAUGUUGUGAGAAGCAGGCGAAUGCGCAGAUAACACUAAAACAGCAACUUGACAACAUGCAAAAGGAUAGUGGCGAACAAGUUAGUGCACUAACAGCUACCGCUGCUAACCACGCAGAGUUUACGCAUAAAGCGUUGGCAGAGCAUGUGGAUGAAGUGAAGCGUGCACGUCUGGAGAACGAAGUGAAUAUUGACGAAGCUACUGGUAAUGUUAAAAAAUGUCUCGCCGAAGAUUCUCUGCGCUUCAAGCAACAUAUCGAAGUUUCUAACGGUUUAACCAACUCAUUACAAGAAAACAUACUCAGCUAUGCCAACACUUAUCACGAUCAGAUGGAAACCUGUGUAAAUGUUGUUGAAAACUUUAGACAGAGCGAGCUGAAGACAUAUGCGCCAACAGGUGCUACACCUUCAAAGCGCAACUUUGUUUAUCCUCGGACGCUGGUGUCGACAUCGCCUCACAUUGAUAUCGUUAAACGGUUCCGGCAGGAGAACGAUUGGUCUGAUUUGGAUACAACAGCGCCUAUUGAUGAGGGCAGCGAAGAUGAGCACGAACUCAAAACCUCUGUGCAGGAAAUUACGAACACUGAAAUAAUGUUGAAUUCAACACCAAUUGAUUUAACAAAUGUUGCUACACCACAACAAAGUCAAGCCGCUACAAAAAGAUUGACUGCUAUUUUGUCCAAAAAACAAUUGCGCAAUAGUAACUCAUUAACAAGUGGCAUUUCGCCGAGUAAAACGUCCUCUUCGCAUAAUUCUUCGGCGCCCGUCGUUCGUUCCAACAAGGAGAAUAUCGCUUAAACGGAACUUGUCGUCUGAGUGCAACUCUAGGCUUUACUACUCUACAUUAAAUAAGUAUUUAUAUUCGUUCCUUUCGUUUAUAUUAGAUAGCUGUAUAUUAAUUUUUAAACAAAAUUGUCAACACACCAUGCUGAAGGUAUACUUUUAACGGAGGUUUCAGCUACACAAUUAAAAGCUCUUAAUAUUGUCGCAAUCAUUUUUUUUUUUAACAGACAAAUUUAAUUUUGCUU